CAAACCACUCCCCGCCCCCUCCUUCAUUGACAUGGUAUCGCGGUUCAAACAGUUCCUGCGAUACGUGAGACACACGGAAAUCUGACUUGCGAUUGGUGGAGUGAACGUUAGCAGAGACGUGAUUGGCGGUGCUGAAGAUGAGGCGUGGAACGCAGGAACUGGUCUGUUACUAUUUGGAACGCACGUGGUUUACUGACCGAUGUGAAUGAGCCACAAUGGCAGGAAUACCACCCGACACGUGGAAUCCAUCUCAUGUGAUUUUAGAGACCAGUAUGGGCACAAUUACAUUGGAGUUAUACUGGCUUAAUGCCCCCAAGACAUGCAAGAAUUUAGCAGAGCUAGCCCGGAGAGGAUAUUAUAAUGGGACAAAAUUCCACCGUAUUAUCAAAGACUUCAUGGUCCAAGGGGGAGAUCCAACUGGAACAGGACGUGGAGGAGCCUCAAUUUACGGGAAGCAGUUUGAAGAUGAAAUUCAUCCAGACCUCAAAUUUACAGGUGCUGGCAUUCUGGCUAUGGCAAAUGCUGGUCCAGACAGCAAUGGGAGUCAGUUUUUUUUGACACUUGCACCAUGUCAAUGGCUGGAUGGGAAACAUACCAUAUUUGGCCGUGUAUCACAGGGUAUGGGGACACUGAACCGUCUGGGCAUGGUGGAAACAGAUUCUCAGGACCGUGCAAUUGAUGAUGUCAGAAUUCUGCGAGCUUUUCCAUCUAGUUGAGAUUUUUUUGCAAAUUGCUUUCCUUUUUAACUUUGUUGAGAGCACACUAAUACCGUGGCUUAAGUGCAGAUUUUGAAAGAGCACUUUUAAAUGAAUAAAAUAUUUGUGAAAGAUAUGCAACACUUUUUUUUUUUUUUUUUUAAAUGCUUUGGAAAAUGCAUUCUAUAGUACACAGAUCUGUCAUUAGCUUAUUAUUUGUACAUUUAUGGCCAUUUAGCUGUGUCUAUCUGACAACACCAAGGACUGAAUCAAAAACAACUUUAUAUUCCUUUAAAUUAAAACAAGAAAUUAUUCUUUUUUCCACUGAAGUGGUAUAAUUUGCUUAUCCCAUAACUCUUACAUAUAUAAAUAAGACCCAAGAUAUUGUACUGUUUAGUUAUGCCUUCCUACAUUGCCCAAUGUCAAAAUCUGAAACCUUGCAUUUUCACUACCACGCAUGUUAAAUGUGCAGCUUUUUAUGUGAUGUUUUUGUAUAGUUCUUAAUUUUUUCUGCUAUUUUCCAGAAUGAUUAAAAAAUUACCGUAUUUAUCGGCGUAUAACACGCACCAGCGUAUAACACGCA